CCCGCGUUCCUCCCUGCCUCUCACUCCUCUUCCGCGCUCUCCGCCAAGACCCACCAACAGAGAGAGAAAGAGAGAAGAGACAACGAAGGGAAAACGAGAGAGUGAAAAACCCUCCACUCUUACCUACACAGGGAGAGAAGAUAUAGACACUCCUUCCUUUCCUCCAUCCCUGCCUUCCUUCCUUCUUCAAAACUUAGAUCUCUUUUUCCGACUCGAAGUGAAGGUCUGAAAUCGAGUACCACAACGCUUCGAAGUCCUCAAAACCACACUUCGGCUUCGUCCUUCAAUAAGCUUUACUACAUCCCUUAACCCUUAGAAGACCCCUGAACACCCUUUUUUAAGUCCCACCCUUAUCGAAGCCCUUAUCAGACUUUUACCCUUUAGCGACCCUUCUUUCUCUCUCCCUCGCGUGUAAAACCUUCAAGGCAAGCUCCCCACGUUACCAUCACCGCCACCUUCACCACCACCAUGCAGACCAGCGUAAGAAUCUCCACCCUCCUGCUCUUUCUGCUGCCUCAUCUGCUGCUCCUUGCCCCUGCUGCUGAAGCUCAUAGGGCCGUGAAAAGUGGCUGCCUCAACUAUGGUCAUUCCUGUCUGGGAGCCCAUGGUAAGCGAGGGUCGUGGCCCCCCGCUGCGCCCCUGCCCCCCGCCGCCCGCCUGGCCCCCUUCCUGCCCGCCCUGGCCGAGCCUGGCCCCGCCGCCCUCUCGUGGCAGGACAAACUAGCCAUGCAACAACAGCAACUACAGCACCGCCGCCACCACCACUCCGAAGACGAUGAAGAGCAAGAACCAGAACCCGAAGACGCAACCCACCAGGACGCUAAACAGCACCAGCACCAGUACCAACCUUACCCCGCACGACCCUUCCCCGCCCUCUACGACGACUCCGCUCUCUCCCCUCGCGUUCCCCUGGCUCUCCCCCUCGCACGACCCGCCCCCUUGCUCCAAGCCCAAGGUGAAGACGACCUGCUGAGCUAUGCCGCAUACGACUACGACUAUGGGGAACGCCGCGCUAAAAGGAGCGUCGGGGAGCGAAAGGAAGGCAAGAGGUAUCCUAGUCAUGUGUCCGUCUCCUGCCUCUUGUUCUCCCGGCAAUGCUGAGGAGAGGAGAACAACGUGAGUGAAGAAGGACGAGUGAAUUCAACCUCCUCCUCUCCCUCCCCUUUCCCUCCCGUUCGUCUCCCUCGCUAACCCACGUCAAGAGUAACAUAACAACCCUAUAUACCAAUAAAUAAUAAUAAACGAGGUUAAAAAGGGGCUCUGAAUGUCACAUAAACGUUCUGUAACACUGAGGAGCUCGUGCAGUGUUUUAUCAAAGAGAUCCGGAGGUUAGGGACAGAGUCUAUAGGAGAAUUGAGAGGGCCGUUUUGUGAGGUCUUCUGCUAGUAUAUAAAACGCCGCCUCUCUGUGUUUCAUGGUUGCAAUAAUGGAUGAACCCGGCGCCGCACACGCUCUUUCGUUCUCCCCCAAAAUACUCAACUGCCUCCCGAUCUUGCUUCCCGUUCUCUUAAGCAGCCUCUGUCCUCCUUUCUGACCCUCGUUUCUUCCCCAUAAGCUCCCUCUGCCUUUCUGUAUCAGUAGCUCGUCCUGCCUCCCUAUCUUGAUUUUCUCGCUCCCCCAAGUAACCUCUGCCGUCCUAUCAGCCUCCCACUCCCACUCCUCUCUCUCCCAGUCAGCCUCUACCUCCUCCCUGUGUCCCUGUCUUCUUCCCACUACAUCAAGCCUUGCAAUAGCUUCUUCCUGCCAGCAAACCACCCCUGCCUCAUCCUAAGUCAUCCCUACCUCCUUUACCUAACCCUGCCUCCUCCCUGUCCUUCCCCUGCUUCCCUGUCCCCUUCACCGGAUCUACACGUGUUCCUAAAGCCGCCCCUGCCUUCACUCUACCUCCCCUGCCUUCUUCCUCUUCUCCUUAGCCACCUUUGUCAGCACUCUGCCUCUGUGUUACCUCUCCUAUCCCUCAAACUGCCUCUACGUCCCCUGCCUCCUCCUCCUUCUCCUUCCCUUCUUGCCUUCUCCCUGCUUGUGUUUCCUCUCCUCACCCAAAAUUGCCUCUACCUUCUCUGUCCUCCUCCUUCUCCUUCCCUUCUCCCUUUCUUCCCCCCAACUGUCCCUAUACCUUCCACGCCGUCCUCCUUUCUCCCUCCUUCCAUUCUUACCUCCUCCCUACCUCCAUGUUACUUUUACUCCCCCUCGAAUGAUCCCUACCCUCCCCGCCGCCUCCUUCGCGCCCCCUGACCUCGUUCUCCCCCUCGUCGGCCCGUGUAAUGCGUGCGAUGGCUGUCCACGGGUUGUCGCCGCCGCCACACCGCCAGACGGAUGACCAGCCUGUCGCCGCGGCCUUCUCAUUACGUCAAUGGCUCCUCCUCCUCCUCCUUUACGCCUUGUCCCCCUUCCUUCCCCAUCCCUCCUCCUCCUUUACACCUUGUCCCCCUCCUUCCCCUUCCCUCCUUCUCCUUCACACCUUGUCCCCCUUCCUUCCCCAUCCCUCCUCCUCCUCCUUCACCUCCUCCUCCACACCUUGUUCCCUUUCCUCUCCCCAUCCCUCCUCUUCCUCCUUUACACCUUGUCCCCCUUCCUCUCCCCAUCCCUCCUCUUCCUCCUCCUCUACGCCUUGUCCCCUUUCCUUUCCCCAUCUCUCCUCCUUCUCCUUUACCUUGUUCCCCUUCCUCUCCCCAUCCCUCCUCCUCCUCCUCCUCUACGCCUCGUCCCCUUCCUUCCUAUUCCUAUCCCAUGUUUAAUUACAGAUGGAUGCCCGCACCUGUAAUUACCCCGCAGUAUUUAGGGGACGAAAUAGAAUUGGUGCGCCACUUCGGGUAAUGGAGGCGCCGUCACCGCGAGGGAAGAAACGAGGAAAAGAAGGAAAGGAAUAAAGUCGUGACCUCUUGUCCCCGCCGGGCGUGUGGCGGCGGCGGCGACGGCGGUGGGGAGCGGCGCGGAGAGCGAGUUUUUGGGUGGUUGUGAUUAAAAUUAUGAAGGUGCCACGCCCACGCCGUCAGUUUGGCGGCCCUCCCGAGGCGCCCACCGCUGCUGCCUCCCACAGGUCAAGGCUGCUUCACGCUGGAUGCAAGACUCGGUAACUUACACACGUUCACGAUGCUUCAAGAGACAACACAGAAAGCGAUGUCUACGAGAAUGGCCUAAGAAUGACCCUUAUCGCCGGGCAGUACACACACACACACACACCGAGGAGUCUAGAAAACCCUUAAUAUAUACCCACGUAGGUGAAGGCCACACUUGGGUCGGUAUUCUAGGACGCUUUCGCCUCUUUCAUCAACAAUUUCCAAAAGCCGAGAAAUACAGAAGCAGCGGCGAGUCAUCAAUGUUGCUAUGAUCCACGCCGCUCUCGUCUGGUAGGCCGCCCAUGUCUCGCGUGAACAGCAGCCCCUCACAGAAAAAAAAAAAAAAAAAUGAACGGCUUUUCACAGCUAUAGCAGGUAAAAUAUGGCCUCGGACUUUAUCAUAUCUCGUAGCUGCAAUGAAUUUCUUAAACCUCCUCUAGAUGUGAGGCAAGAAUUAGGUCACAUGGCACAUAAAGACUUAAGGGAUGUGUAGCAACAGAAGCCUCCUCGUUCUCGCCUCCAGUGUGAAGCAGCCUCGACUCGCCCGCCACGCCGCGCCGCCUCCAAGCUCUCUUAAUGUAUAUCGCGUCAGAUUCUCAGUCCGUACAUGUUUAUUUUCUGUAUAGCGAUUAUGUCACGAUUCCUUUGUCUUUCCCCCUUGAAGAACAUGGAAUAAGGUGGUUGUCUUUUGUUUGCCAGUUGACGAAAUAAAGAUGAUACAAACCUU